AUGGACAGCAUUCAGGACACGGUCCCCCAAGACCGAGGGGGCUGUUGCCCUGCCCUCCGCAGGCUGGUCCCCGUUGGCUUUGGGGCUGAGGUGUGGACGCUCUUCGCUCUUUCUGGACCCCUGUUUUUGUUCCAGGUGCUGACCUUCAUGAUCCAUGUCGUGAGUUCGGUGUUUUGCGGGCACCUGGGCAAGCUGGAGUUGGCGUCAGUGACCCUCUCAGUGGCCUUUGUCAAUGUCUGUGGAGUUUCCAUAGGAUUGGGCUUGUCCUCGGCAUGUGACACCUUGAUGUCCCAGAGCUUCGGCAGCCCCAACAAGAAGCACGUGGGGGUCAUCCUGCAGAGGGGGACCCUGGUGCUGCUUCUGUGCUGCUUCCCCUGCUGGGCGCUCUUCCUCAACACCCAGCAGAUCCUGCUGCUCUUCCGGCAGGACCCAGCCGUGUCCAGGCUAACCCAGGAGUACGUGCUGAUCUUCAUCCCAGCACUUCCGGCAUUUUUCCUUUAUGUCCUGCUGGCGAAAUAUUUGCAAAAUCAGGGAAUCGUCUGGCCCCAAGUGUUCAGUGGCAUCGUGGGCAACUGCAUCAAUGGCUUGGCCAACUACAUCCUGGUUUCCAUGCUGAGCCUGGGGGUCAGGGGCUCUGCUUACGCCAGCACUAUGUCUUACUUCGUGCAGACCAUCUUCCUCUUUCUCUACAUUGUGCUGAAGAAGCUGCACCUGGAGACAUGGGCAGGCUGGUCCAGCCAGUGCCUGCAGGACUGGGGCCCCUUCUUCUCUCUGGCCGUCCCCAGCAUGCUCAUGAUAUGCAUUGAGUGGUGGGCCUACGAGAUCGGGAGCUUCCUCAUGGGCCUGAUCAGCGUGCUGGACCUCUCUGGCCAGGCCAUCCUCUACGAGUUGGCCACGGUAGUCUACAUGAUUCCCCUGGGGCUCAGCAACGCAGUCUGCGUCCGGGUGGGGAUGGCCCUGGGAGCCGCAGAUACUGCCCAAGCUAAGCGGUCAGCCAUCUCAGGCAUGCUCUGCACAGUUGGUACCUCGCUGGUUGUGGGCAUGCUGUUGAGCCUCCUGAAAAACAAACUGGGGCAUAUUUUUACUAAUGAUGAAGAAGUCAUUGCCCUGGUGAACAAGGUCCUGCCGAUUUAUAUCGUCUUUCAGCUCUUUGAGGCCGUCUGUUGCGUCUACGGCGGAGUCCUGAGAGGGACGGGCAAGCAGGCCUUCGGAGCCAUUGUGAAUGCAGUCAUGUACUAUGUUGUCGGCCUCCCUCUGGGCAUCGUUCUGACCUUUGUAGUCAGAAUGAGAAUCAUGGGCCUCUGGCUGGGCAUGCUGGCUUGUGGCCUCCUGGUCACUGCUGCCUUUGCGGUCUACACCGGCCGGAUGGACUGGAAGCUCGCUGCAGAGGAGGCUCAGAAACAUGCGGGGUUGCUGCCGCAGAGCCCCGACGGCACGGUGAGCGUGGUGACCGCGGGGACCGCGGGGACCUCGGCGACCUCGGCCCCACGCCCCGGGCCUGCGAAAGCUGUCACCUCUUCAGUGGCCACGGGUAACUCCCCAGGCAUCACCCUGACGACGUAUUCAAGGCCCGAGUGCCACCUGGACCUCUUCAGGACCCCGGAAGCAACCCAUGCCCUGUCGGCCCCGGCCAGCCCCCUGUCAGCAAAACAGCUGCUCAUCCGCCGUGGGGCUGCUCUGGGGGUGGUGUCAGCCAUGCUGAUGGUGGGCCUGGUCAUCAGGUUCCUGACCACCAGACACUAGCCACGCAGCUCGGAACCAGAAAGGGAGCCAAGAGUGGCUGCCCCCACCUGCCCACACCUGCCUACAACAGCACACGCGGGAUCCAGGGAGGGGGGACACCUUGGUGCACACCUCCGAGAACGACCUGCAGCCGGCGCCUCGUGUGACCAGUGUCAAACUGGCUUUCUCCCCUCUGCUCUUUAAGAAGCCAUCCGCCGACCGAAGAGACAGAGUCCUGGGACUGCUGCUAGGCAGGAGUCAGUGAUGUACAUGGCUUCAAAUCGGGAGACUUCAAAUCAAAGCACGAUCACAAAACACACUGUCACCCAAUUAAAAAUUCCAUUUUCUCCCAGGAGACUCUGGGGCCCGGGUCUGUUCACAAAGCCUUUGUGAAGUCCCUGCCCCACGCGCCCCUGUAGAUCUGGGCGCCGUGAAACCCCGACGAGGCAGGUGGCCGUCCACAGACCCUCCUUUGCCUUUGCCUUUCCGCUAACCCUUCGUUCCGUCAGCAUCAUGCUGAUCACAGACCUUGAGAAACACUGGUUCUUACAGCAGGGAUGGGGUAGAAGCAAGGGCAGCCGAACCCAGAUGGCCGGGCCACACAGCCUCAGGAUGGAAGGCAAUGCCGACCCAAAUUCUCGGACGCUUCUCCUGAAGGCCUGGGACUGCUGAGCGUUUUCAGGCUCCGUGCCUCCAAAGUGGAGGGCGGUCUGGCCUCCCCUGCCACACACAGUCCCUUCGGCAUCAGUAGCUAUAAACGCCUCGCAAACAAGAUGAAUUUAUUGAUCAGAACCAAUAGAAACAAAAGGAAGCACAGAACGUAAUCCCGGUUUGAAAGAGUCAAUGUGAAUUCAUGUCGAGGACCUGGUAACACUCCGGGCCUCCCACUCCCUGGAAGGCGGAGAUCCUCCUUGCCUGGGACAUACCUUAGUGAGCUGUUGGCAACCCAACAAAACGACUGGGAACCAAGCACAGAAAAGUAAUGUUUCCCCAAAUGUGUUCCAAGGUUACAAAGUCUUCAGAGCAAAGGGUUCCCUGGUCGAGUAAGUUUGGAAAACCACUCACGCCAGCCUGCAAACGUUCUAUAGGCCUGGAGUCCUGAAAUAGGCUGCCGUGCUUUACGAAUCCCGGUGGACAGGGUGGGUGGUGGGAUCGACUUUUGUGUAAAACCUCAUGGGAUUAAUGUUCUGGGAAGAGGCUUACGGAAAUGCUUGUUUUAGAUUAGCAAAUGGGGAUAGGAGGAUAGAGUUGGGAAAAACCUCUUUACUAUACAGAUAUUUUAAAAAAUAAAACCCCACGGGGGCGCCUAGGUGGCUCGGUCGGUUAA